GUGUGACGCAUUGCGCAGGAGACUUCCGGCCGGCUAGUCUCUUUCUCCUCUGUCCGUUGGGCUGCGCUGCGCUUCGCCAGAAUUAACGUCUCCGGGCUGCGCAAUGGCGAACGUCGCUGACACCAAGCUGUACGAUAUCCUCGGGGUCUCCCCGUCGGCGAGUGAAAACGAACUGAAAAAGGCAUACCGCAAGCUGGCUAAAGAAUACCACCCUGAUAAGAAUCCAAAUGCUGGAGACAAGUUCAAGGAAAUAAGUUUUGCCUAUGAAGUGCUUACAAACCCAGAGAAGAAGGAUCUGUACGACCGCUAUGGGGAGCAGGGUCUGCGCGAAGGUGGUGGCGGUGGUCCUGGGAUGGAUGACAUUUUCUCGCAUAUUUUUGGAGGUGGACUUUUUGGAUUUAUGGGAGGCCAAAGCAGGAGCCGAAAUAGCGGAAGACGACGAGGAGAGGACAUGGUUCAUCCUCUCAAAGUGUCUCUUGAAGACUUGUAUAAUGGGAAAACAACUAAAUUGCAGCUAAGCAAGAAUGUUCUUUGCAGCACUUGUAAUGGCCAAGGCGGGAAGACGGGAGCUGUUCAGAAAUGUACCGCUUGCAGGGGCCGUGGCAUGCGCAUCAUGGUCAGACAGCUGGCCCCUGGAAUGGUGCAGCAGAUGCAGUCAGUUUGUACGGAUUGUAAUGGAGAAGGUGAAGUAAUUAAUGAAAAGGACCGCUGUAAAAAAUGUGAGGGUAAAAAAGUGGUUAAGGAGGUAAAAAUCCUGGAAGUUCAUGUAGACAAAGGCAUGAAGCAUGGUCAGAAGAUCACCUUUGGAGGGGAAGCGGACCAAGCACCUGGGGUUGAGCCUGGUGAUAUUGUCCUUGUCUUGCAAGAGAAGGAGCAUGAGGUAUUCAGAAGAGAGGCCAAUGACUUGUAUAUGACCCACAAGAUAGGCCUUGUUGAAGCACUUUGUGGAUUCCAUUUCACGUUGAAACACUUGGAUGGCAGACAGAUUGUUGUGAAGUACCCCCCUGGAAAAGUGAUUGAGCCAGGUUCAGUCAGAGUUGUGCGGGGUGAGGGAAUGCCGCAGUAUCGUAACCCUUUCGAGAAAGGGGACCUUUAUGUUAAAUUUGAAGUUGAGUUCCCAGACAAUAAUUGGAUUAGUCAAGAGAAGCUUGCUGAGCUGGAAGACUUGCUCCCUGCCCGGGCUGAGGAACCCAUUAUCUCUGGAGAUGCAGAAGAGGUCGACCUCCUCGAUUAUGACAUCAGUCAGAGUUCCUCGGGAGGACACAGACGUGAGGCCUACAACGACAGCUCCGAUGAGGAGAGCGGCCACCAUGGCCCCGGCGUGCAGUGUGCCCACCAGUAGUGACGCUCUUGAGGAGACGGAACAGGUUGCACAGGAGAAAAAAAAAAAAAAAAAGGUGUCUGGUUUUUGUCUGGUUUGAAUCUGCCCUAAAGAAGUAACCUCUCCAACAUCUCUAUACACCUUCCCAUCAGAAGUGCUGGUGCCACAUUCCACAUCCUUAUUCCGCCCACAUAGAAUCUUCCUUUUGGCAACCCAGACCAGGUGGAAUAAGGUCACUUCUCCUAGAUCAAAUGUGUAACAAGCAUUUAUUUUUUUGUCAUAGUAUACACAUAUAUAUAUAUAUAUAUAUAUAUAUAUAUACACACACAGAAUUAAUUUAAUUAACCAUUAAUUAAGACAACUUGCUGCAGACUCGGCUGAUUGGUAGGUGUUAAAGCCUGGCAACAACAGGGAAUGUUUACCGUCAAUGCUAGGUUUGUGCUUGUCUGUGCUUGUUUUACCUCUUCAAUUUCCUAGAAAAUUUUUACUUUUCUUUACGUUUUAAAGGGGGGUUGGGGGAUGAAAGACAUUAUGUACAGUGUGAACAUGAUUGCGACGCUAUCUGCAUUUCCCAGCAGCUGGUGUGAAAUCCACAGCCUGCAUCUGUCAUUAAACCAGGUGUAUGUCAGAAAACCUUUGUUGCCAUACUGGAAAGGUGGGGGAGAACUUGGGUAUUGCGUUUGUGAAAGUUUUCUGAAGUUGUCAGAAUAUUGUUUAAAAAUUUAAGAUUAUCGCAUGUCAUUUUACAAACUCCUCUUCUGAAGUCCCACAGGAGGCUGGGUGAAUGAUGGGUGUAAAUUCAGAUAUGUAUUAUGAGAUGGAUAGCGGCAACAGAGCCCCCUUCUCAGCCAGCUAUGACCAUUUUGCUGUUUAUCCCUUCAGGCGUGGGUCAGAAAGAACUUGCGUACUCAGUUGCUGCUUGGGAUUUAAUUUCUUUUCAAAUAUUGUGCACUUGUAUUUAAACCUACCUGUAUAUAAUGAAGGUAGUGCCUAAUUAUGUGUACCUUGAAUAACUACUUGAAUUUUAUUUUAUUUUUUUUUUUAAUACACACUAUGGACUACAGCAAAUCAGAUUUCUCAUGCUGGAGCAGAUGUUGAAUGUUGCAGUUUUGCCAUGCUGUUUUUUUGGUUUGGAAAUUGGCAGGAAUGAGUAGUUGCACAGAAAUACAGGUAAAUCUUGUAUUGUAGAUACACCUGUACAAGCAAGCUAUCAUGCAAAGCAUCAAUUUGUUCAGUUGUGCUGAACAAACUAUUAGUUGUAUUAUGACCAGAGGGGGACAAUACUGUCAGGAAGCUUCUGCUGCAGCUUGUUUUGUAGUGCAGGCAAUCUUCUUGCUUGAGUUAUGAAAAUUGAGCCAAUGAUGUAAAUACUCAUCGGGUUUUUCAGAGGUGGAAUGUCAAACGCUGAAAAUGUUAUGUUGUGUUUACUUCCUUAACUUAGUUGGAAGACUUGCUGCAUCCAUCAGCCCUGGACACACCCACAGGGAACAGAUUGCUACUGAAAAGCGCAUCAAGUACUUCGGCUGUCCUAGACGCCUGUUCAUGAACUUGACCUUGUAACUGAUUUAGUGUUGAUGAUGCACAUGGUUGUUCAUGUUACUUGUACAAUAAAUUCUGUCAUGUGUUACCA